CCCCCCCACACACACACACACACACACACACACCCACAUGGACUGUCCCUGAGCUCAAAGGCUCCGCCCAUGCUGCCAAGACCUAGGAAGUCCCUGUGACAGACCCCAGCCAAACACCCAUGCCAACCCACCAAACAGAGGCAAUGGUCCUGAUGAGCCUGAGUGGAGAACAAGAUGAUGGGGCAGACCACAGACGACGUGGAAGAAGCUCAUGGUUCUGAGGAGCUGGAGUGCAAGAUCUGCUACUGUCCCUACAGCCUUGGCUGCCGACGGCCGAAGCUCUUGAAAUGCCACCACAGACUGUGUGCCAAGUGCCUUGCCAAGCUUCUGGAGCUGGGAGACUGGCCACCAUGCGCGGUGGUCUGCCCCUUCUGCCGCUAUGUCACCAACCUGCCCCAUGAUGCCUCGGCCGGCAUUCCUGAUGACGGCGGCCUGGUGGAGGCGCUGUGCAGCCAAAAGAACCUCAUGGGCCGCUCCACAAAGCUCCUGCUCAGCCCCCAACGCCUGGGCUCGCUGGCAGACUCCUUCCUCUCCUCCUCCUCCUCCUCCAACUGCUUCGUCACCAUCAUGGAGACCGCCCAGGAUCCGGGGGAGUCUCAGUUGGACUGCAACUCCACAGUUCCUACAGAAUGGGUCAACUGCUCUUCCAGCCUGGAUUCCAUGGUGCAGCGCUGGACAGUGUGGACCUGCACCACUAACCUGUGCCAGCUUCUAGCCCAGGCACUGGUGUGGCUCCUGGGCUUUGUUUACUUAAGCUCCCUUCCUCUCGGUGUCUACCUCCUCAUCAUGCAGAAGACUCCCCUGGGUAUGUUCCUGGUCAGCCUGGUGCCUGCCACACUAGUGGUGAUCAUGCUCUACGCUUUCUGCUGCUGCAUCUGCCAGGAGUUAUGGAACUGCAUGUCCUCCUAG